AUGGAUAUACCAAAGUUUGGAGAAUUUUUCUCGCAGAUUAAUACUUCUUAUUGGUUGUUAGGGAUACCUUUCGGAAAAUGUAAUAUUCAUGUUAGAUUUUAUAUAUUUUUGACAUUGGUACUUUUGAUGGCGAUAGGGGAAAUAAAUUUCUGUGCCGCCAAUGUUUCUUCUAAACAUUUACUCGAAUUAACUGAAUUAGCUCCGUGUCUAUCUGUUGGUGUUCUAUCGAUUUUGAAAAUAAUUUGCAUCGCAACUAAACGGAACAAAAUUAACAAUUUAGUUUGCUGUCUCAAAAAUCUUUAUGACAAUAUAAUUAAUGAUGAAGAAAAGAAAGAUAUUGUAAGAGCAGAUUUGUUAUUCUUAAAAGCUCUAAUCAAAACAUAUUUCAUACUCAACAUGCUUCUUAUUAUGAUGUAUAAUUUUUCUACUAUCUUCCUUAUGUUCUAUCAUUACUUAAAAACAUCUGAGGUCAGUUUUAUGUUGCCUUACGCGAUAUUACUACCAUUCUCCAUGGAUACAUGGUACGAAUGGAUUUUGGUCUACAUGUACUCAAUUAUGUCUGGUUUUUUGUGCGUUUUAUUUUACACAGCUGUUGAUAUAUUAUAUUACAUAUUGACGUCACAUAUUUGUAAUCAUUUUACUCUGCUAUCUUCCGAUAUCCAACAUUUAACAGACGGGAAUCUUUUAAAAAAUAUAAUUCAAAGACAUCAAUAUCUACUUAAGUUGUCAGAAGGUUUAGAAGAUAUAUUUACGGCACCUAACUUUUUUAAUGUCUUAGUGGGUUCUUUAGAAAUAUGCGCUCUUGGUUUUACUUUAACGUUUGGAGGUGGCAUACAAAUCCUUGGAGUUACUCUAUUCCUGACUUCGGUGCUUUUACAAAUGUACAUGAUGUGUUUGUUUGGUGAAACUCUGAUGAGAAAGAGCACAAGCGUUGGUGAGAUGGCGUAUUUUUGUAACUGGCACGAUAUGGACAAAUCAUCAAAGAAAACAAUUUUGUUGAUAAUAACAAGAUCCAAUAAGGAAAAACAUUUAACAGCGUAUAAAUUCUCUGUUAUAUCUUACAAAUGUUUUACCAAGAUUAUAAGCACAUCUUGGACUUAUUUUACAAUUCUACGCACAUUGUAUACAGAGAGCGAAUGAAAUCUUUAGAAAUAUGUUGUAUGAAAAAGAAAGAAAUGUAACUGUGGAGUAGCAAU